UCUACUACUUUUAAAAUUGUGCAGUCUGAACUCAGCGUCAUGGGUGUCAGCGACUCAGCGGCGAUUCUCUCAGAUGACGUCUUUGAUAGUUCAUAUUGUGUGACUGUUAAGGCUGAUUUAUACUUCUGCAUCAAGCGCACAUGUAUGCUUCAGUGCAGCCUUUGCGUGGUCACAUAGCCCUCACCGUGGCUGACGCAGACGCGCACCUCUCAAAAAAUGUGACUACACGUCGCAUCGAUGCAUAGCGCAAGCUCUUUGAUUAGUCGGCUUGGUAGCACUGAGAGCUGCGUGAACCCGUUGAAGCGAACGUUUACGAGUGUUGAGUCCUGUGAAGGAGCUCCAGAUGGAAACUUUCGUUAUGUGCUAACCUUAUGAUUAAAGUUGCUGCACGUCUAUCGGUUCCCCCCUCUGAAUGAGCGAGUUUUAGCUACUUUUACAUUAAGGUAGUGUUCAGAAAAAACAAAACACCCAUGAAGAAACUCGACACAGAGGAACAAAAAACCCCGCUGCCAGCUAGCGUUUCAGAAGUGUUCUUGCAGAGAAACACAAACAGUACGCAGAAGUAUUAAUGCACGACUACACGCAAGGCAGGCGUCUGGGUCACAGCGAUCACUAGACGCAAAAGUAUAAAUCAGGCUUUACUCGGGUGAACGAGCACCAGAUUGGUCGGCGAGCAGGACUAAACUCGUGCAGUCUGAACUCGGAAUGUAUUAAAACAUACGCUUGUUUGUUGUAAAAAUUCGUAAUAAUAACAACAAAUACUAAUUUGUUGAUCUCCUUCCAUGUGCAGCCAUUUUGCCUCUUGUAGCUGGUGUAUUCUGGGAAAUUUUCAUACCCCUUGGUUUCGAGUGUGGUCCUGAAAAAUCUUCAUUUCAAGGCCCUUCCCUUUAGCCCUACGCCUUCAAGUUAAAGAGAAUUGGGACACCCCUACCCCUUCACGUGAAAAACAAGGGGUAUGGGCAAGGGCUAAGGGGUAAAAUUGGGAUUGCGCCUAAAUGAAAAUUAAACUGAAGUGCUCCUAUUACGUCAUUUUACUGUGACAAGCACGUGAAUACAGUUCAUGAGCACUGUACAGUUCUACAUACAGUGAAGGGCAGAUUUUUUUCAACUUGGUUGAUUUCUUUCUUCGUUUCUUUCUUUCUUGAAAAAAAAGAUCUUUCACAGAGAUAACAUUAGUCUUGUGUUUGAAUCUGCCACUAUGCUGAUACACAGCCGUUUGUAGCUCCGCCCUCUUUUAAAAACACCACAAUCUCAUUUGAAUUUAAAGCGACAGUCACCAAAACGGCAUGUUUUGGAUCAAAGCCACAAAGGGUCAGUGUCAGAGAGUUAUUAAACAUUAUCGGUGUGGUAUUUUGAGCUGAAACUUCACACACACACUUUAGGGACAUCGGAGACUUAUUUUACAUCUUGUAAGAAAUGGCAUAAUUGGGCCACUUUAAAAGCGUCUUGCUAAUGAAGUUGUGAAAUAAUUCAUUUGAAUUAUUAAAAUAAGGCCUCAAUGCACCAGUAGUUUGAACAAUUGAACUCUGGAAGUUGCUUUGUCUGGCUGCUGUGAUUUUACGUACUUCAGCCAAUGUUUCUUUCUCUCACACUCACCAUUUUGUUCCUAUUUCAAGGCUGUUGGAGUUUGCUGAAGCAGCAUGUCUGGGCAGGAGAUGUGUGUGUGUGUGAAGAGUUUUACUGGCAUGUUAAGACAGAUGCACUGAGGCAACUUAUUGCACGUCCUUAAUGCUCAUGCGCACAACAUAUUUACGAGCAGCUCCAGACCUCUGUCCUUGAUUGACAAACUUCACAUUUUAAGGACUUUUUAACACCCGAAAUAGCCCGUCUGCAUUUCUAACACUGACAGCAACAGUACAAGACACAGAAAAAGAGGAACUAAAAAGAUAACAUCAUCCCAAGUACGUAUCCGCGCUACAUUUUGUUCACCCCUGCUGCAGCAGAUAUGCACGGUUCUGAGGAGAGUGUGCCUGGAACCGUGCUUCAGAGGCUUAUGCAAGAACAUCUGCGAUACACAACAAGUGGAAAUGGUGGAGGGGUAGAAAACGACAUUUCUCAGGUGCCAAGCAGCCACACAUCCACAGAGAACAUAUUCCUUCAAAAAGAGGGUCAAGUAGCUUAUUCAUAUCAGCUUAUGCCCUUGCACUUUCAGUCACGACAGGAACCACAAGGUCAGGAGCAUCAAGUGGACAGCAGCACCAUGGAAAAAACUGUUGGUGUUGGUGCAAGUAGAGCUGAACAAGCUUUGCCUGAGUUUGACCUGCUGGAGCCUCCAUCUUAUGUGGAGGCUAAAAUCCAAUCUCAACAGUAUAAAGGACAGCAAAGUCUGAUGGGUCCACUGUGUCAAACACACAACUACCAGAGUCUUCAAGAGCUAGACAACCUUUCAAACAAUGCCCAACAAACUCCAAACCCGGCCUUUUACACGGAAACCCCUAAAAUCCCUGUCAACCCAAGUCAGAAGCAACACAACCAGCCUUCAGCGAUGUCUGAAAGUCCCACUAGCUCACAUUUCCAUCUGUCAUCACUUUCUAACCAGUGUUCACUCUCCUCCCCUGCUUCACUUUCAUCCUCGUCCACAUCUCUCUCAACAGUUCCCACAAAGAACCUUGUGGAAAGUCAAACAUGGGUUCAACAAGGAUUCAAUGAUGAUGUGUCUCUUUGGGACGAAGGUGUGGUAGAUUUGAAACAGGGUCACGUUCACUCACCGAGUGAAAGAAUCACGCAACUCAGGCUAGAAUACAGUGGUGCUAAACAAAGCAUCGGACCUUUCAAUUCACCUUGCACAGGAGACACUGUUAAUUUUGGGGCUGAUAAAACUGCAGAUUCCCUUACAUCAACUACUAAGACCUCAAAUAGUACCCAACAACUUCCACCAACACCCUUAUCACAGUGGACUCUGGAUCAAAGAGGUCCUCCCCCAGAAUAUCCCUUCAAGUUUAAGGUACAGACUGUGCUCUCGCCCAUGUUACACUCAAACUCUUCAUCUCCUGAACAGGCACACAUGUUCAGUGAUACUUUGACUGCAGCCGUGUUGGAGACAGCGCCACUGAGAGGAAUAGAAAGACAGUACCCUUCGACUUCACAUCUCCAGACACAGACCGGCCCUGUGACCUCACAGGCUUCUCAGCAACAUUAUCAGGCUGUAUCUCUAUCUCAGUCCCUGGCAUUUCCUCCACCUCAGACUGGAUCUGUGACACAAGGACUGUCGACUUGUGUGGCCCCUUUUAGACAGCCUUUCCAAGGGGAAACGUUUGCUAUCGUCAGCCAUGCCAAGCCGAUCCUGGAAACCUUAAAAGAAGAGAACCAAAGCCUUAAACUAGAACUUCACAAGCAAAACGAGAAGGCCAGCAAACUACAGCAGUUGGAGGUCGAGGUUGCACGACUGUCCGAGGCACAUGAGAGUUUAGUGAAGAGCUCAUCCAAACGUGACUCUUUGGAAAAAAACAUGAGGAAUAAACUGGAGGCAGAGAUCAGGCGUCUUCAUGAUUUUAACAGAGACUUAAGAGAGCGUUUGGAAACCGCCAGUCGACAGCUGGAGAGUCAGGAGCUGGAGGGACAAGAUGAUGGACCGUUGUAUCUUUUACAGAGAAGAGAAAGCCAGAAAGACCUAGAAACAUUACAGAUAGAGGCAGCGAAUUUGCGAACAAUGAAUGAAGAUCAGAGACGCCACAUUGAGAUCUUAGAGCAAGCUUUGAAUAAUGCUCAGAGUAAAGUCAUCAAGCUGGAGGAAGAGCUGAGUAAAAAGCAGAAGUACGUGGAGCGGGUAGAACGGUUGCAGCAGGCACUAGCACAGCUCCAGGUCGCAUGUGAAAAACGCGAGCAGCUCGAACAACGUCUACGUAUUCGCCUGGAGAGAGAGGUGGAUUCACUGCGAACACAACAGCGUGCUGGCAUAUCGGUUUCCCGCACCGCAUGUGAGUCCACUGCUCCUGCAGUACUGGAUCUGCUAAGGGAGAGAGAAGAAAGGAUUCUGGGAUUGGAGGCUGAUAUGACGCGUUGGGAGCAAAAGUACUUAGAAGAGAGUGCAAUGAGACACUUCGCCAUGGAAGCCGCAGCGACAGCCGCAGCACAGAGAGAUACGACAAUAAUCCAGCAUUCUCGCAGUGGCAGUUACAGUGACAGCUCUCUGUGGCUGCAUGAGGAGGAGAACAGAUCUCACAGCGCUCGUCAAUCUCAGGAAAUGGAGCAAAGGAUAAAGGACUUGCAUGCUCAGUUGCUGGAGAAAGAUGCCAUGAUUAAAGUCCUACAACAGCGUUCUCGUCGAGAUCCUGCCCCUCUGCGUCCUGCUCGUUCUGUGCCCUCCAUUUCUGCAGCGACUGGUCUGCAUUCACGGCAGAAGUCUCAGACUGAUCCCAGAGACUCGCACAGUUGGAAAGGCAGUGCAAAUGUACUAUUGAGAAAAAGUCAAGUAGACCAUACCCUUCCCUCUUUACCUUCUCUUUCAGAUUCAGUCUCCUCAUCUCUCCCUGCGCCCUCUCUUUCCUUUCUUCCUCCAUCAUUCUCUUCCUCUCUACCUUCCUCUUUUCCUCCCUUCUUGUCCUCCGCAUGUUCAAACGCGUCAUUAAUAUCACUAUCCAACUGUGUACCCAACACCAGCACUUCCCGUCUUCCUCCCUCAGCCUCUUCCACAUUACCCUCUCCUUCAUCUGUCUCUCUUCCGCCUCCUUUAUCACUCUCUCUGCCCUCCACUCCUCUUCUAUCUGCUCAUUCCAAAUCAGCCAGCAGAGAUGGUAGCAGUCAAACAGGACAAAGUCUGAAGACAUCUAGUACUGCUCCCUCCACAACACAAAAAAAGAGAGAAUCUCCAUCCAGCCAAUCAAAAGCCCUGGAGGGUCGAGCACAGCUGACUGGAGGACAGAAGAUGCCCUUGCUUGAUCUUGAUCUUGUGGAGAUUCUUAUCUGAAAAAAAAACAACCCUGGAAAUAACCCAUUCCCACAGCACUUCAGAAAGAAGCAAGCAAGAGUGUGAAGAACAAAACUGUGAGUGACAUAGAAAAAGGAGGAAUCCACAGAAAGAGUUGUGCAGGAAGGUAAUGGAUUACAUGUUGAGAGAAAGAAGAAAUUAAAGAUGUGGAGAGUAAUUAUUCAAUACUGGCCUCUAAAAUACUACUUCAAUCGAUUUUCUAUUUCUGAAUUCUUACUCUGUCCCGUUUUGACUUUCGGACAUUUGACGUGGUCGGUAACACUUUAUAAUAACU